ACCGCUGGUCCAAGCAAUUUUCAACGGGGAUCUGGACGAGAUCCGCAUGUUAAUCUACAAAACAGAGGAUGUUAACGCUCUGGAUACCGAGAAGCGGACCCCUCUCCAUGUUGCGGCUUUCCUGGGGGAUGGAGAAAUCAUUGAGCUUCUCAUCUUGUCAGGGGCCCGCGUCAACGCCAAGGACAACAUGUGGCUGACUCCCCUCCACAGGGCGGUGGCUUCCAGAAGCGAAGAGGCCGUGCAAGUAUUGAUCAAGCAUUCGGCGGACGUCAACGCCCGGGACAAGAACUGGCAGACGCCCCUGCACGUCGCCGCUGCAAAUAAAGCCAUCAAGUGUGCCGAAGUGAUCAUCCCACUCCUGAGCAGCGUCAACGUCUCCGACAGAGGGGGUCGGACGGCACUGCACCACGCAGCCCUCAACGGCCAUGUUGAAAUGGUGAACUUGCUUUUAUCUAAAGGGGCCAACAUUAACGCCUUUGACAAAAAGGACCGAAGAGCUUUGCACUGGGCGUCUUAUAUGGGCCAUUUGGAGGUUGUUGCUUUGCUGAUCAGUCAUGGCGCCGAGGUGACCUCAAAGGACAAGAAGGGCUACACGCCGCUCCAUGCCGCGGCUUCCAACGGCCAGAUCAGCGUGGUGAAACACCUCCUUAAUCUCGGAGUGGAGAUUGAUGAAAUGAACAUUUAUGGGAACACAGCCCUUCACAUCGCCUGCUACAACGGGCAGGAUUCGGUGGCCAACGAGCUGAUCGAUUACGGCGCGAACGUCAACCAGCCCAACAACAGUGGGUUCACGCCUCUGCAUUUUGCGGCAGCCUCCACUCACGGAGCGCUUUGUCUGGAGCUGCUGGUGAAUAAUGGGGCAGACGUGAAUAUUCAGAGCACAGAUGGGAAGAGUCCGUUGCAUAUGACAGCCGUUCAUGGGAGGUUCACACGGUCACAAACCCUCAUUCAGAAUGGAGGUGAAAUAGACUGUGUUGAUAAGGACGGCAACACCCCUCUCCAUGUAGCCGCGAGAUACGGGCAUGAGCUUUUGAUUAAUACCCUAAUAACCAGUGGAGCUGAUAGCGCCAGGUGCGGCAUCCACGACAUGUUCCCCUUACACCUGGCAGCCCUCAACGCUCAUGCCGACUGCUGCCGGAAGCUUCUGUCAUCAGGACAAAAGUAUAGCGUAGUGUCCUUGUUUAGUAAUGAGCACGUGCUGUCUGCAGGCUUUGAAAUAGACACCCCAGAUAAAUUUGGAAGGACCUGCCUCCACGCGGCCGCUGCCGGAGGUAAUGUUGAUUGCGUGAAGCUGUUGCAGAGCAGUGGAGCGGAUUCCAAUAAAAAAGACAAAUAUGGAAGGACACCUUUGCACUACGCAGCUGCAAACUGUCAUUUCCAAUGCAUGGAGACGCUGGUGACCACGGGGGCCAAUAUUAAUGAAACAGAUGAUUGGGGACGAACAGCUUUACACUACACUGCUGCUUCGGACAUGGACAGAAAGUGUCUAGAAUUCCUCCUCCAGCACGAGGCCAACCCAUCGAUACAGGACAAAGAAGGUUACAAUACGGUGCACUAUGCAGCUGCUUAUGGACACAGGCAGUGUUUAGAACUGCUUCUAGAGAAAACCAGCAACAUUUUGGAGGAAUCGGAUUCAGCAGCUACAAAAAGCCCUUUGCACUUAGCUGCCUAUAACGGUCAUCAUCAAGCAUUAGAGGUGCUUCUCCAGUCUCUGGUAGAUCUGGAUAUUAAGGACGAAAAGGGCCGCACAGCUUUGGAUCUGGCCGCGUUCAAAGGGCACGCGGAAUGUGUUGAAGCUCUCGUGAACCAGGGUGCAUCUGUCUUAGUGAAAGAUAACAUCACCCGACGAACCCCUCUUCAUGCCUCAGUCAUUAACGGACACACUCCAUGUUUACGGCUUUUAUUAGAAGUUGCGGAUAAUCCCAACGUGACGGAUGCCAAAGGACAGACCCCACUGAUGCUCGCUGUGGCUUAUGGGCACAUAGAUGCUGUGUCCUUGCUGUUACUUGAAAAAGAAGCGUCUGUGGACACGGCUGAUAUCCUGGGAUGCACCGCUCUGCAUCGAGGGAUUAUGAUGGGACAUGAGGAGUGCGUCCAAAUGCUCUUGGAACAAGAUGCACUGAUUCUGUGUAAAGACGCCCGAGGCAGGACACCCCUACAUUACGCGGCAGCUCGUGGUCACGCCACAUGGCUGAGCGAAUUGGUGCAGCUGGCUCUUUCGGAAGAGGACUAUAAUUUUAAAGAUAAUCAGAAUUAUACCCCGUUGCACUGGGCUUCUUAUAACGGCAACGAAAGCUGUGUGGAGGUACUGCUGGAACAGAAACCUUUCCGGAACUUUAACGGGAACCCUUUCUCUCCAUUGCACUGUGCUGUAAUCAAUGAUCACGAAAACUGUGCGUCGCUCCUGAUUGGGACCAUCGGUGAUGGUAUUGUCAACUGCAAAGAUGACAGAGGAAGAACGCCGCUCCAUGCCGCAGCCUUUUCUGAUCAUGUGGAAUGUUUGCAGCUUCUCUUAAGCCACAGUGCACAAGUAAACGUUGCAGAUCAUUCAGGGAAAACACCACUUAUGAUGGCAGCUGAAUAUGGGCACGUAGGUGCUGUAGAUUUUUUGGUGAACACUGCCAAGGCUGAUCUAUCUUUGAAAGAUAAGGACUUGAAUACAUCCUUGCACUUGGCUAGCAGUAAAGGUCAUGAAAAAUGUGCCUUGUUGAUACUUGACAAGAUCCAAGAACAGAGCCUUAUUAAUGCGAAAAAUAACGCAUUACAGACGCCUCUUCAUAUCGCUGCACAAAAUGGCUUGAAGAUGGUGGUUGAGGAGUUGUUAGCGAAAGGGGCGUGCGUACGAGCGGUGGACGGAAACGGUCACACGCCAGCCCUGGCUUGCGCUCCUAACAAAGACGUGGCUGAUUGCCUGGCACUCAUUUUGGCUACCAUGAUGUCUUUUUCUCCUUCCAGUACGAUGGCUCUUGACUUCGCUUGUUUUAAAAAAGACAAUUUGAGCAGGACUCCGCUCUGCAAUAGCUCCGACGCGAGCGGCGCCGUUAACCCCUACGGCAAAGCGCUAAGAAACGACGUAGGGGCGGAAAACGGAUACAAUGAAAACGAUUCCGAUUCUGAAACGUUUUGACGUUUUUAUUUAUUUUAUUUUAUUUUUUUAGCAUUCGACACCUUUUUCCUUGGUUGGUGUCGGGAUUUGCAUUGGUAUUUUUCUCUUUAAAAGGUCCCGAGUCCCAGAAUUAUGGUUGACCUUUACUUAAUGGCUGGAAUGACAACAAAAGAAAAGGCUUAUAGGUGCAGCUUGGCACAGCUUUUCAGAAAAUUAGAGGUUU